UUUACAGUGGUAAUCGGUUAACUAAAAAUUAGUAAUUAAAGUAUUGCAGGUAGUUAAGAUGUGGAAACCAUUGAUGCUAAUGAUUGUAUAUCUGGCAAUGUCCACGAGGGUUGAAUCAUCUGCUGAUGUCAUGAAAACCAUGUCCAUAAAUUUUUCAAAGGCUAUAGAUACGUGCAAAAAGGAGAUGGACCUACCUGACUCGAUCGAUGUAGACUUCAAGAACUUUUGGAAGGAGGACUACGAGGUGACGAACCGGUUUACGGGCUGCGCCAUCAUCUGCCUGUCCGCGAAGCUUGAUCUGAUUUCCCCUGAUGGAACGCUGCAUCACGGUAACACGCAAGAGUUCGCUAAGAAACAUGGGGCGGACGAAAAUUUGGCAAAGCAGCUGACGGACAUUCUGCACAACUGCGAAAAGACCGCCCCUCCCCACGACGAUAACUGCAUCAAGGUGCUCGGCGUCGCUAACUGCUUCAAGACCGAAAUCCAUAAGCUCCAGUGGGCGCCGAGCAUGGAUGUCAUUGUGGGAGAAAUGCUCGCCGAAAUAUAGAUCUUCGUUUCACUUCUGUUCACCUGGUCCAGGCUGAUAUUUUCAUAAGUAGCAUAUUAGAAGUUAACUUUUAUUCUUUUUCUCUACAUUUUCUUUUAUAGUAUUUUUUUAGUUUUCUUAAUCUCUUCUGAAAUUUUACGUGUUUAUUCUUCUUGAAACAAUACUUUCAGCUGUCUCUUAAGUUUAGUUUUCAUUUUGUAUAGUGUAUAUUGUUUUUUCUUUUUUUUUUACUUGUGACUAAAUCUACCUAUGUAUCUUCUUUAGUACUUUUCUUCUAAUGUGUAACGAAACGGCUUCAUUAACGGAUUUAUUAGGUAAUAAUAUAAAACUUUUGUAUUUGGUUUAGUUCUUGCUCCCUCUCGUUGGCUUUGUUUAUUUUAGAUUAAGACACGUAC